AUGCACCUGCUUGUGGUUUUACUGCUUCUCAUUCUUAUCAUAACUCCUAGAACCCACAUUUCAUCCCAUAGAAUUUAUGAACACUUUAAAAUAAGAAGCAUACCCCCAUGUCAUAGAAUUGGAACAAGGGCAAGAUGGAGCUUCAUCAACGGAUAUGUCAAUUUGGAUAAUGCUGUGCAGUUCCGAUGGAAUGAGCACCACCCCGUGUAUAACAAUCAGAGGAUGAUUCGUCCAGAGGGAAGAGACAGAAGAAAAUUCCAACUCAGAGGAUCACUAAACGAUUACAUAUACAAACUUCUCAUCAGGAGGUUUAAAAAAGUUACAUACCAAGGAGAGAGAAAUAUUUACAAAUCUCUCUUAUCUGCAAAAAGUAGUUACAACAUCGACUUUCUGUUCUCGUGCAAUUAUAGCUUAAGUGAUAUUAAAAAAAAAUUAGCUGAAUAUAUAUAUGAGCUCAAGUUUGUUGAUGGAGACGAAUUCAAAAUUGUUUACUUAGGAAAGAGGAGACUCGUGCGACCUAUUAAAAAACAGGAUGAAGCUUACUAUAUCUUGUUUACCUUUCAAAUAUACCCUUCAAUGAUUUAUGAAAUAUCCAAGAAGCUCCGUCUGCAGGACCCUGUCCUCAGGUUUAUGAUAACGAAAAAUGAGAAAAAAACCAGGAACCUCGAAUACAUGGAAAAUGAGCCCAUCAAGGAGGGACUGGCCUCCACUGAAGCCCAUUUUUUCAAAAAGCUCAGCUGA